GGGUGAAAGGUUUUCAACCGGAAAAGCUUUCCACAAAAUGUUAUAGGUGAAGCUGCAUGUGUCUGCAGGUAAAACAUCAAACGGUGCACCACGGCUCAGAGAUGUGUGCGAAAUAAAGUCAAGAGAAGAUGUGCUGGUCGACGGGAUACGCGCAGACAUGUCUUAUCUUUUCGUGACCCUUAUAGGGGGGAAAACAUCUGAACGGGACUUCAGUUCUUUCACGUACACCAUAUCCUGUUGAGAGAAGACAUUUCACAAGACAGUGAAGCGUUUUCCUCUGGAUAGUGUAAAUAUUUGACGAAGUCCCCUUAUUAACCCUGAAAGGUCUCCCGUCGUCCACGUUAAAAUGUCCCGACAGAACUCUCUUAUGGCUGCUAUGGCCACUGUAUUUGGAGCCACUUUGGGAGGCUUGCUCCUGUGGCGGAGCUUCCACACACAGAGGAAGAGGCUGAAACAGGGCCCAUCUCCAUCUCCUGCUUUGGCAACACAACAAAAGCCACUACUACAAGACGAGAAGCUGCUACUGCAGCAGCAGUCACAGAAACAGAAGAAGCAGCCGCAAGAACAACAACAACAGCAUCAGCAGUGUCAUGCAGUGGAACCUGAGUCAACCCAGGUGGUGCCUGGAACCCCACAGCUUCCAUCGCCUUCUCCGCCCUCACCCCUUCCUGCAUCGCUUCCCUCUCCAACAUCACUUCUGGGUGUGAUGCCGGUGGUAGUGAGCUCUGCUGAGGAGUGGGAGACCAUGUGGCCCUCGCUGCAGCAGGACCUACUGGUCUACCCCGUCUUAGGGCUGGACUGUGAAUGGGUAAAGGGCAUGCGUGUGUCAGUAAAGGGCAAGCCCUCAACUGUCUCACUGCUGCAGAUGGCCACCUACACAGGCCAGUGCGCUCUGGUGCGGCUGCAGCUCUUCCGGGACACCCCGGGCCCCCUGCCUUCAACACUGGUGGAUGUCCUGAGUGACCUCCACGUCAUGAAGGUUGGUGUGGGCUGCUUUGAGGAUGGCAAGCGCCUGGCACACGACCAUGGCCUGGUGCUGCGCUGCACUGUGGACUUGCGUUUCUUGGCUUUGAGACGGAGGUAUGUAGCACUAACGAAUGGCCUUAGCCUGAAGUCACUGGCCUCAGACCUGCUCAACAUCACCCUAGACAAAUCCCUGGAGCUCCGUUGCAGUGACUGGGAGGCUGACCAAUUGAGCCCAGAGCAGGUGAGCUAUGCAGCGCUAGAUGCCCAAGUGUCCGUGGCCAUCUUUUUCCACCUGUUCGACUCUCCCACCGGGCCCGUCGACAGCUCCGCGGACCCCAGCCUGUCCUCCUCUGAGGGGGGGAGCAACUACUCCCGGCUGGCCGCGAGAUGCCAAGGGCUUGUGGAUGUGCCGUUCCGGGCCCGCAACAUGCUGGAGGGCCAGGAAGGAGAACGCAGGAAGCCAAGCGCUAAGAAGCCGUCUGUAGACAGCCCUGAGCCGGGGGAUCAGCGUGUGCCUGACCCCCGCAAGAACAAGAGGAAACCGUUGGGUGUUGGCUAUUCCGCUAGGAAGUCCCCUCUGUAUGACAACUGCUUUCUCCAUGCCCCUGAUGGCCAGCCUCUCUGCACAUGUGAUAAGAAGAAAGCCAAGUGGUACCUGGAAAAAGGCAUUGGAGAGCUGCAGAGUGAGGAACCCUUCGUCGUGCGUCUACUGUUUGAGCCAUCUGGACGGCCCGACUCUCAGCAGGACUAUUACCUCACCGCCAAACAGAACCUCUGUGUCGUGUGUGGCAAAGCGGACUCUUACAUCAGGAAGAACAUUGUUCCACAUGAGUACCGCCGCUACUUCCCGGCUGAGAUGAAGGACCACAACUGCCACGACAUCCUGCUGUUGUGCACAGCCUGCCACGCCGCCUCCUGCACCUACGACGGGCAGCUCAAGCAGCAGCUGGCCCACGAGUACGGCGCCCCCCAGGGCUGCGAGGAGGGCGUGCGCCUCCUAGAGGACUCGGAGCGUCGGCGCGUGCGCUCGGCCGCCAGGGCCCUACUCACGGCCCGUGAUGGCCUGCCACAGGCGCGACGCGACGAGCUGCUGAACCUCAUCGGCACCUACAUGCAGCAGGGGGAGGGGGAUGGGGAUGGGGAUGAGGAGGAGGUCACGGAGGUCACGGAGGUCACGCAAGACAUGCUGCAGAAGGCUGCCGGCCUGGAGACCAGGAUAUUUAACGAGGCGUACGUGCCCCACGGGCUGAAGGUGGUGGGCAUGUAUGCCAAGAACGGCCUGCGGGGCCUGAUGGAGCUGGAGUGCCUCUGGCGCCAGCACUUCCUGUCCAGCGCGAAACCCCGCUUCCUGCCGCCGCUCUGGUCCGUCAACCACAACCACGACAAGUACCUGCGCAAGUACGGCGAGGACCUGGUGAUCGAGCUGGGCGCCGCGCCCUGCUCACCGCAGCCCACCUCCCCCUCCACGCCACCGGAGGCACAGUGACACCAGGCCUGUGUGUGUGUGAGAGACAUCCCCCUCCUGUCCUUGUCUCGUCUCAUCUUGUCUCCUCUUCCUCUAGUGUUAGUCCCAUUGGAGGGGGGUGAUGGGGGAGGAAGAGUUUCUCACUGGUGCUGCUUGUGUGAGCACCUGACUGAGCACGAGAGAGAGAGAGAGAGAGAGAGAUGAGAGAGACUCUGCCAGACCAGACACUACAAAGUGACACUCCUGAGUGUACUAAUGGACCUCAUGGCGACUGGAGGCUGGAUGUGUUAAAGGAUCAGAAGUCACUGGGCUGACAGGAAAUACUUGGUGUGGCUCAGCAAGGGAGAGGGGCAAGCUGAUUGAACAUGUGACGACUUUUGUACUAUAUAUGGAAAAAGAUCCACCAGUCAUUGUAAGUCAAGUAACUUAUUUUAAAAAGCCAUAAGCCUGCUCUUAAAGAUAUUAUUUAACUUAAAUUAUUAAUUACCUGCAGGCUUAUGGCCCUAAACAUUUAUAUACCUUAAAAAAAAACAUGAAUUGCACGAGAUCUGCACUACAGCUCCAUAGAAUCAAAUUUUUUUUUUUUUUUCUCUGAAGCUGAUGUGGAAAGGAGGUGCAAAAUGACCUCAUCAAUUUAUGUGGAUUGUUUUUGUAUUUUGCAUUUUGAGUAUGACAUGAGAUUUUUUUUGGACAUGGCUAAUGUGUCCACUCUCUAAGGGGAUUGUUAUAGGUCAUGAGUUAGGACUUUUUGACCUGGCUGCUGUUGUCCCAUGCACACCCUCUCUCAAGCAAGGACACCUCCUAACACGCUUACGUGUGACUAUUCCCCUUGCUUGAGCACAUGGUGGAACGAGACCUUUGAAUGGGGCCAGCAUAACACUACUGCAGCAAUAUUUAUAUUGCCCCCUUCCCCUCCUAGAAUUUUGAACUUUUGGAAGUGGUGCCAACGUGUGUGUGCGUGUGUAAAAGAGUGAGUGUGUGUGUGUGAGAGUUGAGACUAGAGAUGGUGUCAGAGCUGUUCUGAGGGGCUUUGCUGUUCUUCAGUCCUCUGAUCACCUCUUGGUCAUCUUAAGGAACCUGUAGCAGUUGCUUUUAUUUACAUUCAUCCAGAUGUAACCCCCUAAAAAGCUGAGCUGUUUCUUAAGCUGUGCUGCACAUGAAAAUAUGAAAUAAAUCACAUUUGUAUACUUGGCAAAAA